AUGCCCAGCAAGGAAUCCACAGCGAGGCUGGGCGCGGGCGCCGGCUCCUACCUGGCUGCCGAGCUGAGCGAGGGAUCGUACACCAACCGCCCCUGGUCGCGCCAUGCCUCCACCAUCCUCAAAUCCAGCAGCAACCCAAGCGGACGCGGCGCGCGCUUCCUGGACGGCGCGGCGUGGGGCCCCAGCGCCGGCAGCAGCCGUGCCCUGAUCGGGGGCCUGUCCACCUCCUCCGUCCCUGACGUGCUCGAGCCCACCGCCGGCUCGGCGGCGGCCACGGUGGCCUCGCGCAUCCUGCCGGCCAUGGCGCGCGAGGGGUCGGGCGUGCCCUCCAGCCCCACAGGCACCGUGCCGACCAUUGCAGAGGACGAGCCGCUGGAGCUGGCAGCGCCCGCCGCGGCGGCCCCGGGGACCGGCGCCGGCCCGGUGCAGAUAACCUACCACCCGAUCGACGAGUGA